AUAUUAUGACAUGUUGAAACAAGCUAUUUUUAAUAACAUGUAUCGUGAAGUACUUGAUGUUUUUAGAUGUUCUUUUUGUCAGACACUUCCCAUAUUUCUGGAUAGUCUGGUUACUGCUUGGGGUGCCAUCCUGAUUUCAGUUACAUUGAUACUUCUGUUUGGAGAGGCUGGAAAAGGUGGAGAACUCACACAUGAUGAGACAACAAUUAUUGCUGGAGCACUUGGGCUUACUGAGAAAACAGCCAGUGAUGCCAUGACUCCCAUAUCUGACACUUUUGCUGUUGAUAUCAAUGCCAAGCUUGACAGGGAGCUGAUGAAUUUAAUUUUGGAGAAAGGGCAUAGAAGAGUGCCAGUCUACUAUGAGCAACCUACAAACAUAAUUGGACUUGUUUUGUCUGAACUUGAAAACUUAUCGUUCAUGUACUCAAAUGCUCAAGCUCUUCUCAUUGUAUUAGGCAAACAAAAUUUUAAUGAAGAAGAUUGAGGAUGAUCAGUUCCU